UAUAUGCACAUGUAUAUGCAUAUGUAAUUUGCCGGCAAUUGCUUAUCUAGCAGAACCACGAGAAACAGCUGAAACUGUCGCAGACGUCACGGCGUGAGCACAUUUUUUAAUUGUGUGUAUGUAGCUGUGUAUGUGUCGUAUGUUGACACUAAUGACCGCGGCGGGUGUACCUGUUGGCGAAGUGUGUUUCUAGUUUACAUCUAAAGUACAAUUUGUAUGAAUACAAAAAUUUCUGUAUUUAUGCAUGCAUAGUGGCAUGUAUGGCUGCGCCUUAACAAAUCCACAUGUCGAUGGGUCGUACGUUUGCAAGUGGCAUGCAACGGUGGGGUCAUUAACGCAUAGCUAAGGCUAAAGCGCUUUGAAACCCACAUGAUACUAGUGCGCGUGACACGAAGUGACAAAUAUGUGUUAAGUGUGACAUCAACAACAAAAACAAUAAUAGCAGUCUAUUACAACUUUCUGACGUCUAAUAUGCAUACAUAUGUACAUGCAUACAAAUGUGUGGAAGCGUUCAUACAUACAAUUAGUCAAUUAUUUACCACAGACAAUAGCCAGACAAUACGUCAAAAUAUAAGCGACAAAUAUGACAACGGAAACUUCAAUUAAAACCAUCCAACAACAUCUGCUGACUAUCGAAAAACUACGCACCGGAGUACGUCAAAUGUUGAAAUGUGUGAUAAACUUACAUAUUGACAUUUUGGUUUUAGAAUCAAAUGUCUCUCAAUUAAUUGACGAUGUGAAGGACCUGAAUGACGAGCUACUCGAAGUACAACGAUUAGAUGCGCUAAUCACUGCACUGCGCAAUUACAGCGGUCCAACCAUAUGUCACGAAUGGCCUUAUCCACUCAUAUUCAAAGGUACCGUCGAUGAUGCAGAUGUCGCACAAAUUCUUAAUAGAAAGCAACGAAUUGGUAGUAAAAGUAAAAAAAAUGACAACAAAACGGAUUAUGGAUUAAAAAGCAGAGCAACGAUGAACAGUAAUUCGAAAGUAGUUGGGAAUGAGAUUACAUAGCAUUUAUUUUGUAAAUAAACAAUUUAAUAUACAACUCUAAUAACCAAAGCAUUUUGAAAGCUGUUAAGCAUACAUGCACAUGUGUGCAUAUAUAUGUAACUCUAUAUGUUGGUAUUCAUGUACUCAAUUAUGCUCAUAAGACAAGUAAAAUAGCCUUCAUUUAAAAAAUAUCAUACAAUAUCAGAUGUUAUAUUUCCAUAGAAUGAAUACUGUACCCUUCGCCAGAUACCUUUGCAUGUAUGUAUGUAGGUAAAUAAGAAUGUCAAUGAAGUUGUUAUACUUUAUGUAGAUAGUAUGCGUUACAAUGUAAUGAGAUUAUGUUACCACUAAAUAUAGACUGUGUGAAUAAAA